ACCCCCCCCACGCCUCUCCCCAGCCUCUUUACUGGCUCCCUCUGGUCUUCCCCUCGGCCUCCCUCCUGCUUCCCUUUGGUCUCCCGUCACCCUGACUCCCUUCCUGGCUCCCUCCGGCCUCCCCCUUGGCCUCCUUCCUGCUUCCCUUCGGCCUCUGGCCUCCUCCUUCCUGGCUCCCUUAGGUCUGGCCCCGACCUCGUGCCGGAAACCCCCCCUUCCCCCAGGCUCCUGUCGAGGUGCGGAGCCCGCUGCGGGUGUCCAGGGGAUCGCGGCCCCCACCCCUGAGCCUGCAGCCCAGGGGAUUGCUGCUCCGGGAGGGUCUUCGGGAUGCUUGUUUAAGGGUUGAUAAAGACAGGAGCGGGGUGAUAUCGGACAACGAGCUUCAGCAAGCACUCUCCAACGCUAUGUUCGACCGAGAGAACAAGGCUGGCGUGAACUUCAGCGAGUUCACUGGCGUCUGGAAGUACAUCACAGACUGGCAGAACGUCUUCCGCACCUAUGACAGGGACAACUCUGGGAUGAUUGACAAGAACGAGCUCAAGCAAGCCCUCUCAGGUUUUGGGUACCGGCUCUCUGACCAGUUUCACGACAUCCUCAUUCGCAAGUUUGACAGACAAGGGCGGGGGCAGAUCGCGUUUGAUGACUUCAUCCAGGGCUGCAUCGUCUUGCAGAGGUUGACAGAUAUAUUCAGGCGUUACGAUACGGAUCAGGACGGCUGGAUUCAGGUGUCAUAUGAACAGUAUCUGUCCAUGGUCUUCAGCAUCGUAUGACACUGGCCUGUGCAAAUAACAGCAUGACUUACGGAAGGAAGACUAAAAAUGCCAAAUCACCCUUUAAAGAAACGGAACACAAAUGCAGCUUAGAUACUGUUCUUUCUUUAGAUUUUAUAUAAUUAACAUUUGGGGACCUGACUGUACAUAUGUGGAUAAGCUGAUUAAGAUUUUUGCAAAUGUAACAAUAGUUAUAACUCACAUACAAACAUUUGAUUUGAGACUGUUCAGUUGUGCCAUGAGGUAAGAUAUAAUAAUGUUUCAAGUGUCUUGCAUGCAAAAAAUUCAUCAUGUGCAUUUCUAGAUAGCUCCAGUUCUAUAGCGGAAAUACUUUUAUUAGCCAAUAAGAAUUUAAAAAUAAUAGAGAACUUGCACAGAGGCUUUUAUGUGCCUUACAUUUUUAAAACAGGGUUUAUUGUAUUUGUUUGAAUAUGCAACAUAAGCAAUAAAGCAAAUGCGCACCCGGUC